AUGACGCUACGAAGACUCAGCGCUGCAUCUCUGCCAUCACCUGCUGCGUUGCCGUCUUUAUCAAACUGUGAGAAAAUCUUGCUAGCAGAAAAUCAGCUGAAAAGUAAAAGUGUCACGUGGACUUAUGUAAAUAUAGUGGCUGUUUUAUAUGCGGUCCAGAAGCCACCCUUAAUUAGUAUGCGAGCCCAACUACUGAGAUUUCACUAUAGCAAUGAUUAAGUUUAUUGUAUUUGUGAUAUGAGGGCAUGUUAAGAGGCCUAGUGUGAAAUUGUAAGCAACGCUAUCUCCUAAGUUCCUAACCACUAAACUGUUGUUUAAUUACUUAAAGGGUAAAUUAAAGGGUAAAUUGUCUGGUUAGAAAGCAUCGGCAGUAUAUUUUGUUUAAAACAUUUUGUUGUGUUGUAUGCAUUGUUUGCUAAUCUUUAUGAGUUUACAAGUGUAAUGCCUGUUUUCAGUCGUAGUUCAAAUAGCAAGUUUAAGCCAACACUCAUCCAAAAGUGAGGAGACACAUACACUUGAAAGGCAAAGACAUACUAGUACAAAAUGUUGUCACGUGCUGAAGAAACAGACAAACCCACACAGAAGCAACAGGUGCGGUCCAACUCAAGAGAUUGCAGCUUAACAGAAAAAGGCCAAGAAAUGCACAAAGAAACAUGAAAUGAAAUUGCAUUUAACAAUGCAUUUGAUUCUUGGAAGGAGAUAGCAAAGGAAAUUAGGACGCAGUUAAAGAAUUUCUGCUCAACUUAAGACCUUAACACAAGACUGAAAGAGAUUAAAGCCAAAGAAGCAUUACUACACCAACAGUAUGAGUUCAUUUUCCGCAAUCAUUCCACUACCGCAGAUGUUGUUAAGAGAAUGGGUGCAUGUGUCACUUUAACAGCUGAAAUCUGUAAACAGCUAGAGAGUAUAGACGGAAUCUUUAAUGAUCGACUUGAGAAGGAAAGAGUUAGGAUGUUACUUAAUAAAGAGGAGUACGAGUCAGUCUUUGGAAACACAGAAACAGAGACUGCCUUUUCAGAGUCACAACAAGGGUCAGACUCAAGCUCAAGAGCCACCUCAAGAUCUUCUAGCGGACGAGCAGAUGCAGGAGCUGACCUUGCAGCCAAGAUAGAGCAGGCAAAGGCAAUGCAACAGAUGCGUGAGCAACAAACAAAGCUGAACAAAUUGGAGAGUGAAUUAAAGCUUAAAGAGGCACAAAUGCUUGCAGAAAUUAAACUGAAGUUAGAUGAGAAAAAGACAAGGCUACAACAGCUACAAACAGAAAAUGAAGUCAAGGUAGCUGCAGCAAGAGUGAAAGCCCACAAUGCCUAUGAUGGUCUUGAAGAUUGUAAAAAGUAG